AUGGCUCCAAGUUCUGGAGGCGAUCGAGGCCUACGGCUUCUUUGUACGUUUGAGAAAAAGAUGAUGAAGGACUUGCGAGCUCUGGCUCAACUUGGGGAAGCUGACCUCAUCCCACUGUGGGGUCGCAAAAACGGGGGACAAUCUCAGAAGCAGAUUGUGCAGAGGGCGUUUGCUAAAGAUGAGCACGCAAUUCGUGAAGGUGCGAACUGGUGUGCAGGGGUGAAUUUUGACGAGAUUGGGGCUGGCUGUCGCAGCCGGCAGCGGGCAGACUGCGAGGCUUGGGCGAAGACCGCAGGCCCGGUUGGAGAUCUCAGGGAGGAAUGGGCGUGGGCAUCUCACCAACCUGCCAUCCGCCGUAGCAUUUACCUUGAACCGUGGAGUGUCGCGCAUCAUGCUGUGCAUAUCGACCUCGCUUUGGUGCAGCGCGAGCGUUUUCCGUGCGAGUUGGUGCAGCACGAGCCUUUCCCGUGCCCAGUGGUGCAGCAUGGUCCGGCCUGGACCGUGGUGUCGCGUCGGCAUAGAGACAGUGAGGAGGCCUUUCAGCUUCGGGCGCAGGAUUGGGAUGUCCUUUUCCGGGCUUGGAGCGACCAUAGAGGCGACACAGGCGGGUCGCACUUUGACUGGAGUGCUCCUUCUACCAAAGAGGAUGGAGCCACGGCCCUUCGCAUGCUGAAAUCGGCUGGCAAGCCUUACUCAGUCUUGUUUGUGCGAUUGGAAAAGGGAACAGCUGCGAAAUGCUCCGGGACGCCAGUUAUUUGGUGUAAGGAGAGUGCCAACUGCCGACGUCGGCGCGCCCGCUUUGGGCUUUCGGUGUAUGGCCAGCGCAUUGCUUGGAGACACCCUCUGAUCGACGGGGAGGUGCUGCCCCGUGUGUGGACACUCGAUGGUCUGCCGGACACCAUCAAUGCUCAGGACAUGCUGCCGGCUCUUGAGCAAGGUUUCAAGGAGAUUGCGUUGAUGUCCCACCGGCGCACAAAAGGCUCUCUGUCGCUGCGCUUUCGGGCGAUUUGCCUUGCGGGAGACAAAGACCUAGUGCCGUUGCGAAUCAAAAUAGACGACAGUGAUCCCAUUUGUUUGUGGGCCACUCUUGCCCCGGCUCGACCAGUUGAAGCGCGGCAAAAACCUUUGGGCAAGAAAGCGGUCCCGUUUGUUAGCGCCAGUAAGAAAACCAGCCUUGACGCUAAGCCCAGCGCAGCCGCUCCCACCGAGCCCGACGAGGUUGACGACAAUGGGAAGCCCAUACCCAAUGCCAAACGAGCUCGCGGGGCCACCCGUCAAAUCCCGUUGGGGUUGGAAAGGGAAUCCUGUCUCACUGACGGCAAUUGUGCCUUUGCCUCUGUUGCUGCAGAAUUGAAUUGGAUCCAGAAUAAGUCGGGGAAUGAUGCUUUCAAUCAUCUUGAGCUAAGGGCUCGGGAUUAUCCCGAGGAAUUCUGGCAGGUCACAGAUGGCCCGGUCCGUGGAAUUCGGGCGGGGGGCAAAGCAGUCUCGUCUCGUGCAUCGUGCGUGGGCUCCGGUCGCACGGUUUUCACUUGUGAUCGGGCGUCCAAGGCCUGUACCGUUUGGACGCGAGCCCCCAGUGCCAAUCCUAAUCCUGUGAAGGUGCCUCAGGCGGUUGCGGGUGUUGUGAGCGCACGGACCUCCACCAAAGCCCGCGCUUCUGGAAGCAUGGCCACCGUGUUUACUCGUGCUGCCCCUUGCCCUGGUGGGAUGUCUUUGGCGAAGACACCUAGUGUCGGCAGCCUCGCCGCACGGCGAGUGGUCAAGUCCCACCUCAAGACUAAGGGCUCUCGGGACACUGCCGGGUCCGAGGAUCAGGACCUCACUGGUUUCGAGGACGCACUCACUGCUUACCGCCGCUCCGACGUCACGGCCUCUAGCAGCGAACUUCGCACCCUCGACCAGAACGGAGCCAAGGUUGUCAGAUCUUCAAGGUGGCUUGAGGGAGACAAGUAUUUCGCCGCCUGCGACGAAUGUCCCUUCCGUGUACAGUGCAAGAAUGCCGCGCACGCCGCUGUCCGGCAUUACGCGCGUUAUCGACAGUGUCACCCUGGCACUCAGCGACCCCUUCUGCCGAAGACUAAGGUGCAAGUGGUUGAAGUUUCACGACGAGUUCCUUUGCAGUGGAAGUGCCCUCUUUGUGCAGCUGCUUGUAUUCCCAAGAAACUCAAGGCGACCAAAGACGCCGCUAUCCGAGCUAUUGCGGCCCACAGGCACAGCGUGCAUGCGGAUGUGAGCAUGGGCAUGUGGCGUAAAGCCAAGAAGGAUGCGAAACGCGCUCGGCUGGACAACGCCGCCAACCGCGUUGUGCAGUUGAACCGCACCACGGCGAAGCACAUCCAGAAGAUCCAGGGCAAGGCGGAAGUGGCCAUGUUUAGGCGUCCGGUUCUUGUGAAGAGCCAAACGCCGAUGGGCCUGAAACUUCUCACCCACUGGAGAUGCACAGCUUCGUCUUGCUAUGACAUCUACAAGACGUUCAAAGAUGUCAAGGAACACAAGUGCCCUACCUUCAACCCACACGGCGACAAGGCACUUCGGUCCCUGAAGAAGGAUCGCCGCUCUGCCCUUCGUGAGCAUAAGAGCAAGAAUCCUUUCUUUGCUGGCAUCGAUGCAAGUGUGCUGCGUGACGUCUACGACGGCGCCAUCAAGGAAGUGGCUGGCGACAGACUUAGACGCCGCUCGCUUUGUGAGAUCACUCUGGUGGAGAUCCCAAGUGACAAGGGCUACCUCAAGUUCCUGGCGGUGGGUUUCUAUGGAUACGCGACGGACUUGACCGCGACAAAGGAUUUGGUCCAGGCCCUCAUUCGUGAACUCGCGAGUUUUGCUCUUCCGUGGCUCAUAAUCGGAGACUUCAAUGCCGAACGUGUUGAUUGUUGGCCCGCUUUUGCCCAGGGGCUGGCAAGGGACUUGGACGCUGAUUUCGAGCAGUCUGUGGCAUUGCCCGCGACCUGUACCGGUCGCCGACGAAUUGAUUGGGCGAUGGCGAAUAGACUGUGGGCCUCAAGCGUGAAACACCGCCUUGGCGUGGCAAAUCACCUCCUUGUCGAGUACUCCUUUGACCUGAGCGACAACACCGAGGAGAAGAUUCUGCAGCAGGGCAACGUCUUGGAUGUCACCGAGGCCGAGCUGAUCAAUGACUACCUCUCUGACGUGGCAGAGAGCUGCCUUGCCUCGAACUUUGAGCGAGGCCUCAGGCGAAGCAGCACGAAACUCCAAGGGCGCAAGAAGGCCCGUCACAGGGACAGUACUGAGGCGAAGCGCUUGUGGCAAAAGCUCUGUUGGGACCAGAGGCGUCUCGCCACUGACCUCCCAGCCAUCGGCGACUUGGUACUGUCUGGUUCUUGCGCUGUGGCUCGUUUGACGCAGCUGGUGGAAGAGGUUGCGCAGCGUGAGAGUUCUUUGCGGCUGGAGCGCUGGAAACGUAAGGUUGCCACUUCGCUGAAGUUUAGGACUGCCUGGGUGAGACAGAAGGUGGCCUCACACAAGUUCCUGGAGCAGGCCGUCGACGAGUGGAGCGACCGCUGGCAGGCUAGAACUCUGUCGCCGGGCUUGGACAGUUGGACCGCAGAUGAGCUGCUUCGCUUGCCGCUGGCCUGGUGGAGGGGCUUGGCGCUACUGUGGACUGCAAUACUUCGCGAUGGAGCUGUUCCUGCUUCUUGGAAGUGCUGCAAAGUGGCGCUUUUGGACAAAACUGCCCCGGGUGAGCAUCGACCCAUUGCUUUGGCUCCGGUCGUGUGGCGCCUUGCGAUGAAAAUAGUCGUGCAAAGACUUCGUCCAUGGAUGAGCUCUUGGCUAUGCCACUUCACCUUCGGCGGUGUCUUCGGGUCGAGUGUGAUAGACAGCCACGCUCUCCUGGACUACGAGAACGUCGAGGACGCGGUGCUGGUGUCUCAAGACCUGACAAAGUUCUUUGACAGCGUAGACUUGCAGUUGCUGCAGCAGGCCCUUGUGCACUACCGUGCACCUCCUUCUUUCAUCUCGGUGAUCCUAGCGUUUUACCGCGAUGCAUCCAGAGUGCUCGUUCACAAGGGGUGUCCCGCUUCACCCAUGCUGAGUGCUCUUUUCAUGAACACGUGGGGCUACGCGGUCAAACCUCACGCACGGGCCUCUACCUUUGUAGAUGACAGGCUUCUUUUUGGCAGUGCUCAAGCCUUGCCGGCACUGACACAAGCUGUGAGGACUAGUCGCGACUUUGACCGCUGUGUCCAGUUCACGUGCAAGCCCACCAAGUGCUUGGUUGCCGCCGCGGCCGUUGGCCAGGAAGAUGAGUCUCACUUUUCGCCCGAUGUCGUCGCUUUUGCAGCGGAGGUCGGUUACGAGUUGAAGCAUCGUUUCAAAGUUCUCGGACUGUGGCAUGUCGCGGGCCAGCGAGGCCAGAUCACCAUCGACCCCGACCUUGCCGCCGACAUCAAGCUUUUGGCCAAGUGCAUCGGCAUGCUGCCCGGUCCUGGCUCAUUGAGGGCGUGGUGUCCUACGACCUCAAGGCACUACGCAGUCUCCGCUACGACGUGGUUCCACGCUCUCGUUGACACGCCCAACGUACUUGUUUUGCAGUUGCUGGGUUGGAGCAACGAGCCUGUGGGUUCUGCAGUGCUUGCCACGCUGAGAGCUUGUGUUCGCUGGCAGUUUCGCCGGCCUCGAUGGCUCGAAGACAUUAGCAUAGGCUUUGCUUUGAGACCCGCUGCUGAGAUCCUCCCUGGUGUGCAGGCUGUGCUGCGGGACCUAGGCUGGUGGCUUGGACCUCGAGGCACGUCUUUCCGUCGGCGAGACGGACACGGGCAGGAACGCUCUUUCGUGCUCGGCGAGGACAGCUUUCGCUUGCUGAAGCAGUGGGUUGAGUUUGAAUUGGCCAGUUCGGCUCUGCAGGCGUGUGGGCGUGUGGUCAAGACAUACCAUCGACCUGAGGACGACAGAUUGGCUCAAAGGUUGUCUCUGCCACGGCCCCCUGCGCAUCACGUUGUGUUGGCUCAGGGUCACAAAAAGUUCUUUGCUCAAGGUGCUGAUAAGCGGGCCUUCCAGACGGCUCUUGCCACAGGCUGCUCUGCGUGGUCCCACUUCCCCAAAGCGAACCUGAGCAUUGAUGAUGCCAGGGCAACAUGCAUGUGCGGUAAAAAGCUUCCUUCGAGACCUCACUUGGGUUGGAAUUGUGAUGCUGUUCGUCAUUUGCGGCCCGGGCUCCUUCCACUUGAUCGAGCGCAGGAGAGACUUUUUGCGGUGACUACGCCGGAAGCUCCGCCGCCGCCAGCAGUUGCACCAAUGGGUGACUACAUCAACGCGCUCCAGGAGAUGAUCCAGGCCGCGGUGCAGCAGUCCAGUCACGUGCUCCUCGCCACGGACGGCAGUGAGAAGCACCAGCUGUCGAGCUUUGCGGUUGUUGCAGAGAAUGUCGUGCGGACCGUUGCUGGGGGAGUGCCGGGUGAAGAUCAAACUGCUUUUAAGGCUGAGGUCGUCGCUUUGGUGCUCUUCCUUGAGGACUCCUACGACGUGUACGGUUGCUGUGGAUUGUCAGGCCGCUUUGUCCCUCCUUCAUGGCCGGGCUUGCAGAGACGUGUGCAGGAUCUUCGCGCUUCUCUUCAUGUGCACUGGCUGCUUGUGUUCGUAUGGGUUCCUUCCCAUGACAAGGUCAGUGAUCGCUUUGUGGCCCCGCCUCCGUUCAGCGAGGCGCAGUUGCGGAAAGUCAACAAACGUGCUGAUGAAGCUGCUAAGCGCAUUGUGAAUCGUCGGUGUGCCGGCUCGACGCGGCCAGCAUGGAUCGCCAGCCUGGAGGCUGCGAAGAGGUGGGAACUGCAGGCGCUCGCUGGCGCUUCGCAGAUCGCCGAAGCCUAUGCCCAUCACGCGCAGGGGCUUCGUUGA